AUGGCUAGAGUUCCGAGAGUCAAGUUGGGUUCACAGGGUUUAGAGGUAUCAGCUCAGGGUUUAGGUUGCAUGAGCAUGUCUGCUUUCUACGGAGCUCCGAAACCUGAACCCGACAUGAUCAAGCUCAUCCACCACGCAGUUAACGCAGGUGUUACUUUCCUCGACACCUCCGAUGUCUACGGCCCCGAAACCAACGAAAUCCUUCUUGGCAAGGCUUUGAAGGGAGGGGUGAGGGAGAAAGUUGAGCUGGCUACCAAAUUUGGGGUCAAAUAUGUAGACGGUUAUGCGUGGGAGAUUGAGGGAGAUCCGGCGUAUGUAAGGGCUGCUUGUGAAGCUAGCCUGAAGCGACUUGAGGUUGAUUGCAUUGAUCUGUAUUAUCAGCACAGGAUUGACACUCGUGUGCCCAUAGAAAUCACGGUUCGUGAAUUGAAAAAGCUAGUGAAAGACGGAAAAAUUAAAUACGUUGGAUUAUCUGAGGCAUCGGCAUCAACGAUCAGAAGAGCCCAUGCUGUGCACCCAAUAACUGCCAUACAACUAGAAUGGUCCUUGUGGUCGAGAGAUGUUGAAGAACAUAUUAUUCCUACUUGCAGAGAACUUGGGAUAGGGAUUGUUGCAUACAGUCCUCUCGGACGGGGAUUCUUCUCAUAUGGCCCGAAGGUUCUUAAGGAGUUGGAAGAUGGCGACAUGCGCAAGCACAUACCGAGGUUCCAACCCGAAAAUCUUGAACACAACAAGAUCUUGUAUGAGAGGGUUAAAGAAAUUGCGUCAAAGAAGGGGUGCACAACUUCACAACUAGCAUUGGCUUGGGUUCACCACCAGGGAAAGGAUGUUGUCCCCAUUCCAGGAACCACCAAGAUCGAAAAUCUUGAACAGAACAUAGGAGCUUUAUCUCUUAAGCUAACACCAGAAGAGAUGAUGAAACUUGAAUCCAUUGCAUCUGGUGUAUCAGUCAAGGGGGCUCGAGAUGGGCCUGGUAUUUCCACAUAUCUAGACUCAGAGACUCCACUGUUACCUUGGAAACCUUGAUCUUAAUCAAUGCUAUGGGUCGUAUGUUUUUAUCAGUUUUAUAGCUACAGGUUUUUGUAUGUUGGUUGUCACAUGCUUGUAUACUUAUAUCAGCUUUGUUUUCAUGUA